AUGCAAUCAUAUGAAGAAGCUCCUCCACCAUAUCCGGGUGCAACGUCGAAUGUUGCACCGAAUAUAGUCACAUCUAAAGGUGAUUAUCGUGGUGUACCAGUAUAUGAAAUAGGAUCGAAUGAUAUGCCUGUUUACGGUCAAACAACAUAUCAACAAUCACCAUAUCAACAAGCACCAGUAAUGAUGUCUGGGCCGACUGUAAUUCAGGCACAUGCUGUUAAAGUUGGUCAUAAUCCAGUUCAUUGUAUCUGUCCUCAAUGUCAUCAACAAAUUGUUACACGAGUUGAUUAUGAUUCUGGUUCAUUUGCAUGGUUGAUGUGCUUGUUAUUAACUGUUAUAGGUUGUGUUCCAUGUUGUGUAAUUCCAUUUUGUGCAACAUCAUGUCAAGAUGCUACUCAUACAUGUCCACACUGUUCAGCUAUGCUUGGCCGUCGAAAUAUUCUUUAA